UAAAAACACUUGCAACUCAAUUGUCUGUUUUCUGAAACAGUUUCACUUGAUGCCUCACAUUUGUUGGUUCUCAUAACUAUACUCUUAAGGGUCAAAGUGUGUAGUUUGAUUUAGGUUCCAAAGAUGUUUGCUAUAUUCACUGACAGAAUUAAUGAGAGGGCCAAAGGGCAGAAACUCUGAAAGUCACUGUUAUUAGUUGCCUAGGGCUGAUGUAACAAAGUACCAGCAACUGGCUUAAAACAACAGAAAUGUAUUGUCUCACAGUUCUAGAGGCUGGUGUAAGUAGGACCACUCCCCUCUGCUAAAACUUGUAUGGAAAAAUCCUUCCUUGCCUCUUCCUAGCUUCUGGUGGUGGCUGUUAAUCACUGGGAUCCCUUGGCUUGCAACUGUAUCACCCCAAUCUCUGCCUGUGUUGUCACAUGGCUGCCUUCCCUCUGUGUGUCUGUUUUCACAUGGUACUCUCCUCUUCCUUAUAAGGACACCAGUCAUAUUGGAUUAAGAGCCCAUCCUAUUCCAAAAUAAGAUAAUCUUAAUUUACCACAUCUGCAAUUAUCCUACUUCCAAGUAAGGUAACAUUGUGAGGUGCUGGGGGUUAGGACUUCCAACAUAUUUGGGGAGUGGGGAUAUAAUUCAACUCAUAUCUAUCACAAUUGGAAAUACUCAACUUAUUUACCUUUUCUGUUGUUAAGCUGAAAGGAGUAUUUCCUGAGAAGUUUUAGGGUGUGGGAGUGAUAGUCUGAUUACUAAAGACUACUCAGAUUCUGAAAUACAGUUGAUAUCUUUCUGGGGUUGGAAUUUAUAAACAGCCAUGGAUAACUUCACUUUCUUCACUGAGUUCAUCCUCCUUGGGCUGUCUGCUGACUGCCGCAUCCAGACUCUGCUCUUUGUGGUGUUCCUAGGGAUUUACCUCCUGACCCUGGUGGGGAAUCUGGUGAUGAUCCUGGUGAUCAGAGGGGAUUCUCACCUCCACAUCCCCAUGUAUUUUUUCCUUGGACAUCUGUCCUUCCUAGAUAUCUGCUUCUCUUCAGUUACUAUGCCCAAAAUGCUACAGAACUUCCUGUCUCAGAAGAAAAGCAUCUCUGUGUGGGGCUGUAUCACCCAGAGUUUCUUUUGUCUUCUCUGUGGGUGUGCAGAAGCCAGUCUGCUCUCUGCCAUGGCCUAUGACCGCUAUGCUGCCAUCUGCCACCCUCUGCUCUCUACCAUGGUCAUGAACAGGCCUCUCUGCAUGGUAAUGGUCAGUGCAGCAUGGGGAAUAGGGGUUCUGAACUCACUGGUAAAUAAUCUUUUCAUCCACAAGUUACAUUUCUGUGGGUCCAACAUCAUCUUCCACUUCUGCUGUGAGCUGCCCUCACUUUUCCCUCUGUCAUGUACUGAUCCCACUGCCAACAAGUUCCUUCUGUCAGGGUCCAGUGCAUUUCUAGGGCUGCUGACACUUCCCCUGAUCCUCUUCUCUUACUCCAGAAUAAUUUCUGCCAUUCUGAACAUCCGCUCCUCUGAGGGCCAAGCCAAAGCCUUCUCCACCUGCUCCUCCCACCUCACCGUGGUGCUCUUGUUCUAUGGGACGGUUCUAUUCAGGUACAUCAGCCCUGCCUCAGGCUCAGUGUUGGAGCGCGUGGUCUCCAUUCAGUACAGUGUGAUCACAUCCUUGCUGAACCCCCUCAUCUACAGCCUCAAGAACCAGGAGGUGAAGACUGCUCUGCAGAGGAUGCUGAGGCAGUAAAUGCACUCCUCAGAUGAAGGAUUCUCUGUGUGGGGUUCAGUCAAAGAAUGGGGAGGAGAGAUCUUCAGAAAUACCUGGAGAGGAUAAAAGACAUUUGAGGUCAGUGGUUCUCUAAGUGUCAUCCACAAGUUGGCAUCAGCAGCAUCUGUGAGCUUGCUAGAAAGGCAGAUUCUCAGGCCCAACCACUAAUCUAUGGAAUCAACAGUAGAGCUCAAUGAUCUAUGUUUUAGUCAACUAGGUGAGUGUGAGAAGUAUGAGGAAAAAAAUGUUCUAGGACAGCUAAUGUGUUUGAGAAACUUGUCUUUGGUGAAAGACAAAAUAUUGACAUCUCAAAAUGUAGAAUCUCUUUUCAAUGGGAGAGUUGGUCUGUCAAGUAGUCAAGAUGAGAACAUUUGAUUGUGUGAUCUUAUGAUCACACCUUCUGCAAGACUGGGAAAGAGAAAAAUGAAAAUCUACAUUAUUUUAAGACCUUACCACUUGUUGUGAUGAGCACUGGGUGUUGUAUGGAAACUAAUUUGACAAUAAAUUAUAUUUAAAAAAAAAGACCUUGGAAAGAGGGGAAGAGCUCCACUGAAGGCAGACCAGCCCAUUCCCUCCACCACCAUUUGGGAGCGUCAUUCUAAAAGGUUCUUCGGAAGCUAGCACAGCAUAAAGCCAAGGGACAGAUGUCCCAGAACAGUGACUCACAAGCGCUUCCUCCACCUCACCUGAGAGCACCUGAGGUCAUCAAAUAGCCAGUGUUCCUGGUUAGUGGUCACUAGUUUGUCUUAGAGAGUAAAGACAGCCUGAGGCUAUGGUGGAAGCAAUAGACCAGAUGAACUGGAACUUCCUAUGCGAGUACUUUCACUGAGAACUCCUGCUUCCUGACCUGGUUGCCCUGGGCCAUGCUGUCAGGAGCUCUGGGGGCUGAGUUCUUGCUUCUUUACGUUUUGUCACAAGACUACAUUUUCCAUAUUCUUCCUAAGGGUCUGCAUGCCCUCUCAAUCUUUAUUUUUAUCUUUUUAUCUUUCACUUAAGAAAUAGAGCAUUCCCAGAGCCUUAGGAGCUCCAUGUGUGGCCCCCAUCAUAUCACUCUUUCCUCUCCCCAGAGGUAACUAUUGUCCUGAAUUGCACAGUACUUGGUACUCAUUCCCUUGCUUUUAUUAAAAGUUUGCCACUUACUUGUGAUCCCUAAAUAAGACUGGUGAGUUUUGCCUG